AUGGCGCUUCAACGGCCUUUGCGCCCGAUCUCAGCGAUGAAACAGCUGUUCUGGUCCUUUUUCGGCUUGAAACCUAUCUAUACAAAACACGCCCCGGACCCCAAUCUGCCUGCGGACGAACCGAUCGAAGAAGAAAGACUGCCUUACUAUGACCCAACAUCCUUUUUUCCCGCUAAGCCAGGUUAUAUUUUUCAUAACCGAUAUGAAGCAAUAGCUAAAGUUGGCUGGGGCACCUGCUCCACGGUCUGGCUUGCUCGAGACCUUCAGAGGAUAUGGCGUUCAGAGCGCUUUGUUACCUUGAAAAUCGGUACCUGUGACUUUAAAGAUAAGAAUUCAGCCCUCCAUGAGCGCAACGUUGAACAGCGGAUCGCCAACGCACUUCCCGACCACCAAGGGUUCAACUACGUUAGGACGUGCCUAGACAGCUUUGAAGAAAAGGGCCCGCAUGGGACACAUCUGUGCCUAGUUUAUGAGCCGCUUCGGGAGCCCAUUUGGCUCUUUCAACAGCGGUGCCAUCUCAAGGGAGAUAAUAUUAUGGUGAAUUUCGAGGACCCAGCUGUUCUCCAAGACUUUGCCGACGCACAACUAUCACAUCCCAUGCCGUACAAGUCAACGGAUGGUCGAGCCGUUUACUUGUCCCACAAUAACUUUGGUUCUCUCAGGUCUUUCUAUAUCCUUCCCAAGAUUACAGAUUUCGGACAAGCACAGAUUCAACAAGCAGUGGGACAGCUGAAUCGACAUCCCACCCAGCCUGAUGGCUACCGGGCGCCAGAAGUCAUACUUGGCGCUGGUUGGGCAUAUCCUAUCGACAUAUGGAGUCUUGGUGUGUUGAUGUGGAACUUGAUUGAGAACCGAGAUCUCUUUUCUCGGAUACGGGGCAACGGUGAUGGCUACAGUGCCGCCGCACAUCUUGCGGAAAUGAUUGCACUGCUAGGUCCACCUCCAAAGAAAUUACUAGAUCGAGAAAAGGAAGGGCGCAGAUGGAAUUUUGCCCCGGCGCUGAAAAACCCGAGUGGCACGCUUUGCACAAAAGCCUAUGAAUGGUACGGGGGCCCAUUCUUCGACAAUGAUGGUCAGUGCAACUUUCUGCAUGAUCAUCUCAUACCUCGCGAUUUAACCUUGGAGAGCACGGUCAAUUUUCUUGACGGGCGGGACAAACUCCUUUUUCUCGACUUUGCUAGAAAAAUGCUCCAAUGGGACCCAGAUGAUAGGAAGACGGCCAAGCAGCUCCUUGAAGACCCCUGGCUCAGCGAGAAGUCCAUCAGAGGCGAAGUUUGA